AUGUCAGGCAAAGGAGUUUUGCAUCAUGCCGCUAUGAACGAAUGGGGCGAUAUAAUAAGAAUUUGCCUGCGUCGUGGUGGGUUAACGCUGAACAUCGACCAGAUAGAUCACUCUGGUCGCAGCGCGUUGCACUAUGCUUCACAAUUAGGCAACUACGAGAGCUGCCAGGCUCUUAUCCAGGGCGGUGCCAGUCUGACACUACAGGACCGCCUCGGCAGAACAGCUGUGCAAGCCGCUGCUGACGCUGGUUUCAAGGAAUGUCUCAUCCUACUUCUCGAAAGCGGCCGUGUCGAUCCCAGUCAGCGUGAUAUAGAAGGACGCAGUUUGGUUCACUGGGUAGCCACUUUGGACUGCGUUGAUGCAAUGGAAUUGGUAGCGGAGAUGCCUGGGGCAAAGCUAGACCAGAAAGACCGCCAUGGAAAAGCACCGAUUGACAUUGCUUUCAUCUGCAAGAGCAAAUACGUUGGCAUGUUUCUUGCAAACAAGGUGCCCCAUACCAACAUUUACUCUUGGGAGUAUAUGUACGACACGCCAUCUGUCGAACAUGAGGUCGAAGAUGAUUAUGGCUAUGCGUCCUACCAAGCGAGUCUGUUGGAAAGAAAUGCAAGACGUCAAAAGCUAGCAAACGAAGAACAUAUGCAAGUACAGACACGGUACCCAUGUCAUCUUUGGGCACUGGUUCCAUAUGUUUCUGAGGAGACUGAGACCAAGAAAAAGGAAUCCGAGAAAUCAAACAAGAAGAAAGAUACGAAAGAGAGGGUGUCUAAAGGAAGACCUCCCAAAGACAAGUCUUCCAAGGAGAAGUCAUCAAAGGACAGAGAAUCGAAGGACAAAACAUCAAAUCAGAAGGCCUCAAAAGACAAGUCUUCCAAGAAGAAAACAUCAAAGUCAGUUAAAAAAUAA